AUGCCCUCAGUGAACGCAGGCGUCAUGUCUGAAGUUUGCAGAUUGAUACUGAUUCUCUCGGUUUUCCUUAAUACGUUAGCUGGCCGAGUUUCAGCAGGUUAAACAUUUACUAUGCCAUUUUCGUAUUGAAGCACAUUUGUUUGCGUUCAGUAAUCUUUUGAAAUUGUACGCGUCCAUAAUUUGAGAGGUGCUACUAGGUUUAUGCUGCUGAAAGUUUAUAUAACCAAAUGAUAUAAUAGAGCGUCCUCUUCGUUUUUCAUUGUGUUUUUAUCUCGUGUAGCAAAAAUGAGAAAUUAAUGUUUACCUAGAAGUUAAAUGACAUGCUUUUGCCAAGAAUUUUUUAAUCCUUCGUAAAUUUGAACCUCAUUUUAAAGUUAUCGUAAUGCCAACUUGCGACUACCUACCGCCUCUCAUCACUCGGAUUGCCGGACCACUGAAUCUUACGAUCUUAACUCUAAAUCCGCCAGUGGUAAGUAUUUUUAUCGAAAUGGGUCGUGACUAAUGCAUUUUUAUAUCUUCUUCGUGAAAGAAUCUUUUUCUUGGGUGUGCUAGCGUUACGGCUGUUAGACUUAAAUUUUCCGGGGUUAGCAUACAGAGAUGGAAUGUCUUACAUCGUAUACAUAGGCUCGCGUUUGCCUUAUAAAGUGUUUGGUUGUAGGAAAGCUCAUCAAAACUCCCUAAUUAGUACUGCAGGACUCCAAUAAAUGCCGGAUGUAGACGGUAAUAAGCUUAGACAGAUAAGAGGAGAUUUUCAUGAACUGUCAUUUAUUUAAACUGGAUUUGAUCAGAUACAUAAACGCAAGCCAAGUCACCACUUAUAUAUUUUCUUCACUCAAUCCUAUUAAACAAAAUAACCUGAUUUAAUUUUAUAUAUCAUGCACAUUUAUCCCGACAACGUCAUUGUAAAUAGUAAAAGAACAAUGUGCGAUCCUUCUCUGAGAUAAGACUUUCAGGAUCCACUUGAUUGCUAAAACCAUUAAUUACUGUGGUCCUUUGCUACUUUUGUUGAAGAGUGUGACGGUUCGACCCGCGUUUCCGACGAUGGCUCCCGAAUGAUCUAGAGCAGAGUGGGUGCAUGGACGGGACUUGCUCGUGAACUAGUUUGUAGUGAUGGGAAACUUGAGCAGUAUCUACCGCACUGCCUUCUCCCUUACAUAUCUGAGUCCGAUGUCGAGGCAGAGUGCAGAAAACGGAAGGCAUCGGAGGGCUUCUGUGGCUGGCGGCGAGUGACCCACCAUCUAGACGACCCCUGGUCGGCACAGAAAAUACCACGACUUUACAAAACAACAAGGGGACCGGCAUCUUGCAGUUCAACUAAGUGGAAAUGUUUUAAAGGUCAAUUUAAAAGGGCGGUAAUGUAGUUUACCACUCCUUCCUGACAGAAGGACACAGUUACUUCCUCAGUUGACGAACCAGUGCUUUCAAAGCACCGUGAUAGACUUAAACGCCUCAGGUUGUUUGUAUUGAAGGAAGUGCGCUGAGUCGUCGACCUCAAUCUCUAUUCCCAUUUCUAGGCAACCGGCAGACUUCUUAUGCGGGGAUUCGAAACGAUAUCUAUUAUAUCAGAGCAGUUCCGUAUACUUUUGCUUAAGGCAUCUCAUAAAUUUUAAUAUGUUCUUAGAAGACCUCUGUUUCUAAUUAUUUUAAAGAGAAUUGAACUACCAGACAAAAACUACAUCUACACACUGGAAGCCAAUGUCUGUCUUACUAGUAAUGGUGGCUUCCCUUGCCCUAUGAUUUGCGGUAAGCUAAGGCCUUUUACCUUUCUUUUUAACAGAAGUAAAUUUAAGUGACCCUUGUGAAAUGCAUUACGAGAUUAGGCAUGGUGUACGUCUUAACAGAAAAAUAAGAAAAAAUAGAGGAUCCCUUUGGACAAAAGGCUACAUCAAAGCCAUGUCCAACUACCCCUUAACCGUUAUAUACAGUAGAUAUGCUAACUCAAGAAAAAUUAAUCGAAAUUUCGAAAUGUGUUAUCGACUCGAUAGGAUUACUUAAGUAGGAUUGCACAGUAGGUGGACUAACUCAUGAAAUGUCAAUCAAACUUCCGAAAUGCGUUUUCGUCUCGUAAAGAUCAAUUUAAAAGGGUUAUGAAACUAAUCAUCAUGCAGUAUGAUUCUAUAAUACUUCAGUCACCUCAGGAUGCCAACUUUCGAAUGAAUUUCCUUUCGACUGCAUGCCAAAACCAUUUCCUGUAAAAAAGGACUACAUCAGAAGCAUACAUUCUUCUCAUUUAUUUUCGAUGCUCUUAAAUAUCCAAUUAUAUUUCAUGGAAGCAUGCAUAAAAAUAUUCAUUUUUUGCUCAUCUGGCAGAAAAUGACGUCUUCUUCCUAUUUAACACCCAAAGGAAGGGUAUGAUUCCGUUUUGAAAAACGUUCCCGAAUAAUUCUGAACCGGACCUGCCGCUAUACAUGAAUUCAGUUUUUUCGAACUAUAAGCCGUAUAUAUUCCGAGUACGGCAAACCAUACAUUUCUUCACAGAAUUAAGAGGAGACCAUAUGGGGUUCAUAAAAUAAUACUGUGGAUUUGAGCCAUAUUGAUAACUUUACCAUUCACAUUGGAAAAUGCAGAAACAUGAGGUUUUGUGAAGGGAUAUUUCACGGUAUUAAACAAUCACACAAUUAGAAACUUUCUAAAACCAGUAAUACUCAUUCUUUGAGUAUAAAAUUGGGAGAAGACGUCAUUUCCUACCAAUGCAUGUUUUCCAUGAAAUGUACUUCACUUUUCAAGGACAUCGAAAAUCUACCAGAAAAAUGCUUGCUACGUUAGUAGUCAUUUUUGCAGAGUUUAGUUUUUGCGUGUAACCGCAACGAAGUUCAUUCGAACUCCGCCAUCCUGAGGCAACUGAAUUAUUAAAAAAUUAUGCUGCAUAAUGGUCAGUUUCAGAGACCUACCGAAUUAACCUUGUCGAAACGAAAACGCAUUUUGGAAUUUCGGUUAGACAUUUCAUGAAUUAGCCCACCCACUGCAAUAUUGAUCAUCGAGUCUUGUAAUAAUUCAAUCACUUCAGGAAACCGCCUUUUGUGUGAACCUCUUCUCGGGCGCCUGCUUAAAAUGAAAUCUGUAAAAAGUGGCUUCUUGAGUUGCAUGGAUUUUUCUCAUCGCACAUAUUCGGCAACCUGGUUUUUAUAAAUCUAUAAGAUGCGUGUUUCUCUAAAAAAGAAUUUGCUUGUUUGCAAACUGUUUCCCACGUCUGGCCUCAGACAGGAAAUCAACUUUCAAGGGCGGAAAUUGCCAGCGUGUACCUCAACAUCCAUUUUUGUUCAAACCUAUGCACAUUCUGUUUAAUAAAAUAACUCAGACACACUUUCUGCACGGAAAGAGUACAUAAACCUGAAGGGGCUAGGUAAGUGCGUAAAAUGCACAAUGGCUUCGGUGUGAGAAAAUUUUCAUUUCAGAUUCUGUCAUUAGCUUUCAGGAGAUAUGAUAUAUAUUGUAUAUACAGUGAGAAACCGAUCUCAUGAAAUGUUGGCUGAAAUUCUGAAAUACGUUUUCGAUUGGAAGGUUUACUUGGGCGCGGUUGUAGUAAUGAUUAUCUUGCGACAUAAUCCUAUAAUAUUUCGGACUUGAUAGGACGUUAGCUUUUGAACUCAUUGCUUUUUAAUCUCUUGUGGAAAUAAGCCUUGAUGAAAAAUGACUAUUUAUGUAGCAUAAACUUUUUAUAUUGAUUUUCGAUUUUCUUGCAAAUUCAAUUAUAUUUUAUAGAGACCACGAGUAAAAAAUGCCUUAAAUCGUUUAAUAGAGAAUCACGUCGUCCUCAUAUUUUAUGCUCGAAGAAGAAGUAUAAUGAGGUUUUAAAAAUGCUUUCUUAUUCUCGAAUAAGUCGAAGCCUGAUCAGUCGUUGCAUUAGUGCUUAGUGAUUUUAGUUUAUAAGAUGCAUGCGUUCCCCGUAAAUAAAACGGUAUAUUCUUUUAUGCUAUUAAGAAAAUACUCUAUAGAGUCCAUAACAUUUUGCAACGGAUGCGGUUCAUGUUGUGCAUUUCAUGAGAAGCAGUGAUAAACGUACGGGUACGACGCUGCAUGAAUAAACAUUACACGGUCUUAAACAUUCGCAUAAUUUAAAACUUUUUAAAACCUAAUUAUACUCCUUCUACGAGUAUUAAAUAUAAAGGAGCGUGAUUCUCUAUCAAACCACUAAAAAGCAUAUUUUUAUUCGCAGUUUCUAUAAAAUAUAUUGAAAUUUGCAAGACCAUCGAAAAUCAUGCUACAUAAGUAGUCAUUUUUUACCGAGCUCAGUUUCUACAGGAGAUUAAAAUUCAAAAGCUUUCAUCCUGCCAAAUCCGAAAUAUUAUGGGCUUAUUUUAUAAGAUUAUCAGUACUACAACAGCGCCCAAGUAAAUCUUUCAAUCGAAAAGGCAUUUCGGAAUUUCAAUCAACAUUUCAUGAGAUCGGUCACUCACUGUAUAUGUAGGCAAAAUAGUAUUACCGACAAAGAAAAGGGUGAUUUAAAUGGUCAGUUCUGGCUUAUAAGCCGUAGUCAGCUAAGCAUACGCAACCCCGAGGUAUGUAACAUCUGGGGCUAUGUCGCGUUAUCUGUAAACACUGAGCCAGAGGUUCGUUGUCCUGUCGGCUGUGAUUGGAAACAUACAAUGGUAGACGGGGCCUCUCGGACUGUUUUUUUUACAGAAAUUGCUAUUUCAGUCUCCCUUGCCAUUUUUGGUUAUGCUAUCUAACCUAUACUAUGCGCCGCUGUGUGGCUGCUUUUUUGGCUCGAGAGAGAGCUCUAAGGCACAAUGGAAUGUGUAAGUUCCAUAAAAACUAUCGGUUGGCGUCCCUUUACCUUGUCCCUAUACAUGCUUACUCAGUAUCAGUGUUCGAAGCGACCACUUCUGUUAAAGUUCUUUUAUCAGCCACAUUGUUUGCACUACUAUCACCCACUUGAAGAAAUUGGAGUUUGCAUUUAUUAAGAAAAAUUCUGCGAAAUACAUUAUUUUAAUAAAUUGGUAUAAAUUCAGGCUGUCACUGAGAACAUUAUGUAAGAGCAUUAGAUUAUAAACGAACUUUCCUCGAAUGCGCUGCCUGAAACAUUCUCUUUAUAAACUUCUAGAACGUGAUUUCUGCUGGCUAACAUUGCAACUUCCAGACGUGAGAGGUGUUAACCAAAUAAACGUCUUCUCUGGUACUGAGCCAAAUCUACAUGUUGGGGGAAUAUUCAGAAAAAAGAGCGCGAAAUGUAAGUUGUUUCCUGUUAGCUCAGCUGUUCGCUCGUCUUAUGCCCUGUUUUUGACAAUGUGCCUUCAAGUCCUGUCCUUUUUGGGUCCUCACAAAACGUCAAGUAGUUUAUUUACUAUUUACUUUUAGAAAUAAGACUUUUUUAAGAUUAUAAACUGUAUUUUUUCGUUUCAAGUGCCAUCUCGGGGACCGACAUCUAUUGUUACCUGCACGGAAAAAGAAAAGACGCUCCUGGGAUGGCAAACGCGCUUGCCAGAAAAGGUAACGCGAGCAAAUGUCACCAUGUAACUUUUGCCUUCUUCGCUCCAGAAAGUGGCAACUAGCUGAGAACUAUGAUGGCUUCUACAAAAUACCUUUAAGCAUUCAACAAAAUUACGCAAAAGCUCAAUUUACCUGCGAAUUCUAAGGAAGUUGCAUGACCAAAGACACUUUCAAAUAUCCUAUAAUUUCAACCAGAUGAUUAUUUUACGUAUACUUGGAUGCAGAUCACGCGCCCUUACUUCAUGUUCACAUACGUAAGGGGUCCUGAAGCGAAUAAGAGCUCAGCUAUUUAAAAGUAAAUUAACUGUUUAUCCUUUAGAGGACCAGGAAAUUAAUAAUGUUUAAAGAGCUUCAAAUAUUUGCCUUAUCUUUCUAAAUUAACGAGAUGCUAGUCAGCUCGAACAACAGUGCGUGAGCGAUCUCAUGAAAUGUUGGCAGAAAUUCUGAAAUGCGUUUUCGAUUAGGAAGGAUUACUUAGAUGGAGUUGUAAUAAUGAUAAGUAUACAGCAUAAGCCUAUAGCAUUUCGGAUUUAGCAGGAUGUCGGCUUUCAGAUGCACUCCUUUUUGACCUCCUGCAGAGGCCGCACUUUGUAAAAAAUGACUACUUACGUAUUAGGCAUUUAUCCCAUUGAUUUUCAAUAGUCUUGUGCAUUCAAAUAUGUGUUAUAGAAACAAUGCACAACAAUAUGCUUUAUUUUUCUCCUUUCGCAGAAAAUCAUAUUGUCUUGAUAUUUUAUACUAAAAGAAAGUGUAUAUUUGGGUUUUAAAAAGGUUUCUAAUUAUGAGACUUUUAACGUCGUGCGAUGUCCAUGCAUACGGGACCGCACAUGUCCGUUUACCAAAGCUCCAAAUGAGAUGCACAACACAGUCCAGAUCCAUUGCGAAAUUUAUGAACUCUAUCUGGUACCUUCUGAAAGAAAAAAAGGAAUAUAUUAUUUUCCUUACGAGGUAAGCAAGCACCUUGUUGGCUGAAAUAGCCAAACACUAAUGCAAUGGCAGAUCAGGCUCAAAUUAUUCGGGAAUUGGAAAGCUUUUUCGAAACCUAAAUAUACCCUUUCGUCGAGAAUAAAAUAUCAAGACAAUGUGAUUUUCUACCAAAGGAGAAAAAUAAAGCAUAUUGUUGUGCAUUGUUUCUAUAACAUAUAUUUGAAUGCACAAGACUAUUGAAAAUCAAUAGAAAAAAUGCAUACUACAUAAGUAGUCAUUUUUUACAAAGUGCGGCUCAUGGAGGAGGUCAAGAAGGUGUGCAUCCAAAAGCCGACAUCUUGGUAAGUCAAAAAUGCUGUGGACUUAUGCUGCAUACUUAUCAUUAUUACAACCCUACCUAAAUAAUCCUUCCUAGUCGGGAACUCACUUCAGAAUUUUGGCCAACAUUGCACCAGAUUGGUCACGCACUGUAGUUAAAGUAUCCUGGUGGACUUGUAUGCCAGAAGACUGUAUCCAAGUCCUAGACUCUAGAGUUUUCUCAGAAGUAUCAAGGGUACUACAGAACGCAACUGUUUUGACUUUCGCCGCAAGUCGAUAACGGCAGCUGCCCCAUGUCAUGAUACAAAGUCUGCCUUGUCUUUCCUACUCUGCCAUUUCGACAAACGAGUAGUCGCUCAGGACGGUAUUUACCUUGCGUGACGGACGCAGGGACGGUGACCUGCGUACGAGUUAGUUUUCUAGAACCAUAAAAGGGGCUGCGUGGUAGAUGCAUUGGACCAACCCGAUGAACACACUGGAUUCCGAUAGGCGUUAUCGGGAAUGCACACCCAUAACAAACGCCGACAUUCGGGGUGCGGUGGCAGGGUAACGUUCUGCCGCACUACGUUUUCUCUCAACCGCCGGGGCCCUGUGGCAUUGCAAAGCAAGAACAAUCGGAGGGGGCUCGUAGACCUACUGGCAAAGCUAAAAAGCCGGUCUACGUGUACCAAUAACGACCCAGUCCACGUAGACAUGUGUGUGUGUCUUUCACACAAUGAGAAAGGGGGCGACUUGGAUCAGAAGGGAGUGAGGAAGGGUACCGUAAAGGGCCAUCGCAGCCUGACAUUCCGUCCUGUGGAGAGAGCCGCGUUACCCCUUUAGUUGACAUCCUUUCAAACCCCGGUCUUUAAUGUGCCAUGUUAGUUUAAAAGCGUAUCAAAUCAACUAUACUGUUGUGCCCCUGGUCCGGUAUCUAGAGAGUCGACCUCACUUUUUAUUCCCUCUCCCUUGUAACAGUCCCCUGUCCGAACCUGUCAGUCAUUUGGUGAUGGGAUUAAGAGCAAGUAGAUGGUGUAGAACAAGUCUGAAUCUGCCAUUCCAGUUUGUGGUAUUUGCAUGGAAUGCGUCGACUAAGCGCAGCCCGGUUAUGGCGUACCGUGCUCCGAUCUGACUUCCUGUUGGUCCAGCGCAUCUCCCGCGUGACUCGGCGUACGGGCAAAUUCUGUCAUUGACUAGAAUCAAUUCAAACCAGAGUGCUUUUAAGUACGGGUAGAUAAUUACUCGGUUCUGUCUUCGGAUGUGAUGCCAAUUACAAUUCUUUUAUUAGAAGUAUCGCUCAGGUGCCCUUGCGUUUAAAGGGAUUUUGCAAAAGACCAAGGAGAUUCAAAAUCUCAUAAAGAUCAUUCUACGGAUGAUUUUCUCAAAUAUCUAGAGAAAGUAGUUCAUUUGAACCUUAAGUCAUCUUUCGGCUACUUACGACUUAUAACUUCGACCUUCGCUACCUAAACGUUACAAGAUCUAGUGCAGACAAAUUUUGCUCGACGAACAGAAAGUCGGUUUCGGACGGACCAUUUGCCUCUGCGCUUUGGGCAACUACAUGAGGGUAGGGUAUGUAACCCCCUUCCACUGCGGGUGGUUGUUCACAAAUCCAUCUCCCAUUCUUUUUUAAGUAGGUGUUACUGAUAAAGGCUUGUCUGACAAGGGGUCGCAAAAGGUGUUAUUCGGGAUGCGCCUUUUGACCUUCACUAGCGUUACGGACGUUAAAGUUGCCUUUCUCGGGCUCUGAGUUAGGAUUGGGUUUAUUUUUACGUCGAGGGUUAGUAUUAGGAGUUUGGUUAUUCUUGGGGUUAGGGUUGCCAGGCUCGGGCUAAGAUUGCGGUUGUGUUCGAUUUUUCCUUGAAUUCUUGCAAGUUAAAGGUUACAGUUGUCCGUUACAGGCAUGGCAACAGUUGGCAGUGGGACUGUAGUUAAGUACAGUUUUUCAAGUGCCGGAAACUAUUGUUAGUAAGUGAUAUUCUACUCCUAAAAGCUACAAGAUGGGAAUUAUGUUUUUCUGCUGGGUACUUUCAGGUCGUGUGCAGUCUCAACGGAAGGCUUGUGAAACAUCCAAAUAUAUACUCCGGUAAGAUUACACCUUGUAUAAAAAUGCAACUAAAUUUUACAUGGAAAGCCUACUGUGUGGUCAGUAUAAGGCUGUACUGCCUCACGUAAUACGUACAUUCUUCAAAGCUUCAACUGCGCGGUUUUUAGUGGUAUUUCUGAUUGGUAAUAGUUUAGCAUUUUGUUAAAGAAAUUUGCCCACCUCCUGCACUAUGUGUCGCAGCUCAUGGCAAGAAGUUGUCAUCAUCGCAGAUGUUCGUAAUGCGCUUUCUCUCUCUCGAUUGAGUCAUUAUUGAUCGCAAUCCUACCGCCAGCGUUGACGACUAGUGUGUUAGGGACUUGGUGAUCUGGUUCAUUUGUACCGACACUGAAAACAGGACUCACCUGCUCGCUCAUCGUUUGACAAAUAGUUUCGAGCCCAUUAGAAAGGGGAGGCCAAAGAACCAGGACUUCAGCAGCUCCCAGAUCAUACAGUCAUCGAAAGUGUGGCCAUCCGCAAUCAAAGUACUCUUCCUGGAUCUCUCGAAUCAUCUGGUCUCAGCGACCAGUGUCUGUGAUUUGUCUUGGUCUGUCUGCGAGGAAAUGCAAAGACAGUGAACGAACUUUGAGAUUUCCUGAACUAUGGAAGAGCUCGUCAGAAUUUUCAUCCGGGGUUAUUUUGCCUCACUUCUCGCUUCUGCAUGCGACGGCUGAUAACGUUGCGCCGGAGGCAACGAUAGCCUGCGAUUUACCGUAGCGUAUGCCUACAUGCCACUAUAGCAUCUUUACGCAAAUGGGUUUUUGCGUGAAUUGGGGGAUAUUCGUUAUCUCCUUUCUGGGCCACAUUCAUGGGCAACGAAGAAGAACACCGCGGUAGGGAUCAUCAGGAUGCUCUUCGUCUCUUCCAUCUUAAAGCUGAUGUUUGCGAAAAUAGUAUUUGGAUUUUGCUGAAUGUCACUACUCUGUCGCCUCCGAUAACGACGAAGGCAUUGUCUUAUUACUGAGUCCGGAAUUGUUGUAUAUUUCGCUUGAGGACCAUCGUAAUCAGUCGAUGCAAGGCUCGUUGUAGUGAGUGCUCAAUAUUUGUUGUACGCAUUGGCUCGGGUUUCACUUCCCUGUGCAUUGCCCCACAAAAUCUCAUGUGUUUUUUUUCAGACCGAACUUUUUACUUUGGUGGAAGCGUCCACGUCCAAAAUGGCUCUCCUUUUCGACUAAUUCGCUUUGCAGGAGGUCCCUCGAUGGCCUAGCCCGCCAGUUUCUGGUAGACGGUGUGGGUUGCCAAACCGACUGUGGUUCUGCAGAGACGCGGCACUUAGCAUGGACGUCAGGUGGCAGACGGGAUGUGUACGGUUGGGGUCAGGGUUGGGAUUCAAGCUACAAUGUGGGGAAAGGUAUCGCCGCAAUAUAGCAUGAGGACACGUGCAGUACUGGGAAGGUCCAUAUUCCGUUUUCGACCCGCUUGGCUGCACACCAAAAACCAUGGGGGACGUCUGGAGUCCAAAUCACCAAAAUAAAAAAGCGACUUUGUGACAGGUUAAUUAUUCAAGGACUAAUAAAGCUGUAAAAUAGAGAAGAAAAAUGUCUUAUAACCACAAAAUGAUGAAAAACAGUAACAAAUGCAGUGUAUUAGCACUUUGUUUAUUGCCCUUAACUUGCAAAGUUGCCGUAAGGCGAGAGGCAUGGAGACUACCAAGUUGUCUAUGGUGGUUUGAUCUAUACAAUUAUUGAGCAAAGAGUUUAACUUUUUCUCCAUUCAAAGAUGUUUUCUUGCCCUGUCCCAACUUCUUUUGAUUAAUGCAAAAACAUUUUCGAUCGGAUCUAGGUUGGGGCUGUUGACAAGAAUAAAAAUGCUUCGAAGACCGCAGGCGAAGAGGAUGGCUGUGGUCUAAAAUACUAGAUUAUAGUCGCAAGCUGAAUUAAAAUCCUACCUCCUUUGAGCGGUGAACAAAAGCAUUAUCCUGCAAAAUCACGGCGUCCAUUUGACGUCGAGGAAUGUCGCUGUAACCGGAGACAUCCUUUACGAUUUCGCUGAACACCUCACUGUUUAUGGUCUCCGUUGUUGGACGCCAGACCGGUCACUCUCUGAAUGUGAUGGCUAUCCAAGCCAUCAGGCGUCGACAGUUCUCAACAGUUGGUGUCGAUAUAGUGUGCUCUUGUGGGCAUUCCUUCCCACAUAUGAUCAUAUGGUCCGACUUCAGAGGCUUGUCUAAAAAUAAGACCACAUCACAAAAGUAAAUGCUUAUCCAAAAUGAAAAUCUGCGACAAAUAUAUAUUUUGAGCAAACAAAAAACGCUCUCCAAUAAAUGUCCUACUUAAAAAUAGCUUUAUCGUGUCGCUUUGCUGAUGGAGGCCGAAGUCUUCACUUUUUUUAUAAUUAUGCACAAAGAAAACGCUGACAAGUUUUCCCUGUAAAUGACCUUAACGGGCAUAUUUUCCAGUGGCCGACGAAUGAAAUCGUCAUCUUGCUUGCUUGUGGACCGUUUUGUUACAUCUUUCUUAACUCCAGACAUUGUUUCAUUACUAAUAAUUUUCAAGAAAAUGACCCAGCUAAUAUUGAUAACGUUAGCUAACGGCUCAUACGGCAGCCCUUCGGCAGCCAAUUUUCGUGUCUGCGUAAAGCCGACUUCCCAUAGGAACUAUUUGGACAUCUUUGCUGCACGGUGUGGCAAGGGCAAAUGGCAGCAUGUAGCGAGCAAACUAUAUAUACUUGUUUAAGCCCGCUAGUCCCCGGUGUAGUAUGACAGAUACUGUCGAAAAAGCUUAUAACUGCGUUAAGCGAUUUUAAACGUUAUAAUCUUGCUAAAUAGGAUUUGCUAAUAGCAAAUUAUUCCUUGUUUCUUGAAAAGGAGGCGUUUUUAUAUACUUGCCAUAACCUGAUUUUCAUGAAAUAAGAAUAACAGUUUCCGUUUCCACAGUGGGCUUCUUCUCUAUUUUUCUCGGUUUUAUGAAAGCCUCUUUAUAGCGCAACGCUAGCAAAUAAGAGGUUUCAAUAGGUGAUUCUUAUUAGAAUAGGGGAUUAGAUGAAUAUGCGGAAACUUGAAAGUUUUUAAAAUUUUGGCCUGUUUCUCCUAAAUAAAACAGACCUAACGUGACCUCUCCUUUAGAAAAGGGCUUUCUGAGAUUCCAGUCAAUUCUAGAAACAAAAAUAACCACACUAAAUUUAUGCCGGCUCACCAACUCAAAUAACGAUUAAGAUAUUUCAUGGGCAAAGGUAUAGAGAAGGACCCCACUUUACUGUCGGUAGACUGUGGAUCGUGCCAUACGUGGUUGGUGAUAAGGGGAGUUUUACGGGUGGGACAGCACACUAGACAGUAAGCUGAGGAAAUGCAGGAAAACACAGAAAUUGCCCAGAUUUCUCCCAAAAGACUCAUCGUACGCUUUCGCACGACAACAGAAAUGAACGUGGUAGUUAAAAAUAAACAAAAAGUACAUUUCAAAAAAAUAAAGGAGUUCGCGUGAUGGUUUGAAGUCAUGGCAAAUGAUUGUUUUAAGCAGUGUAAUGUCCACAAAUUGAUGCCAAGAUAAAAGCCCACAUGACGUGAUCCACAGUCUACCGACGGUAAAGCGGGGUCCUUUUUCAUACCAUCGCCAUUUCAUGAGUUACUUAAUCCACUGUAGCUCUGGGUAACUCGAUAGAACCUUAUAAAUCACAUCAAAAGCUUUGCUGGAGGCAACACGAUGUCCGGAAUCACCUGCAUGCUCAAGGACAGUGCUGUUCAUCUUCCUAGUUUGGCCUUUACCCGUGCGACCAGUGUAACCUGCUCCACAGGAACAAGUAAAAGAUUAGAUGCACAUUGAUGUGGUCUGAGUUGGCAACCUAUCCUUACCUACUGCGCGUAAAUCAGCAAACGCACGCUCGCCAACUGGUCCUCUGAAUCUGCUCUUAGAUUGAAGUUCCUAGCAUAAACCAGUAAACGUCUCCCGUGGUAAUUAAAGUAAAUGCAUAUGGUUCCUAUUUUCUACAAUAGCACUACCCAUAUGCAUGUUGUUUGAUUCGACUUGGUGUUAUACCUUUGAUUUCCAGGAAGGUCAAAUGCCUCGUUUGGUGUCAUAACUGAUGCAGGCAGUGUAUUUUGAGGUUAAAGCGAGCGACUAAUGUAGACAAAAUGAAUGCUUUUGUAUGGUGUGAAGUGAUAUAGAUUGCGCUUAGGAGGUACUAAAACUUUAGCUUCAAUUCUGUUACUCACUUGGCACUGUCAAGCAGUGAGCAUAUUUCUUAUUCCAUCUACGGAUUAUUAUUCUUAUCUUCUCAGAUGGAGAUUCCUUAAAGACAGUGGAAAUUGCGGUGCAGGAGAAAAUGAAACCCUUCGAUGCGGCUGUGUGCAAAAUCAAAUUUGGAAAACGCUGGAACUAUAAAGAGCAGUUUGUCUUCUGGCUUGGUAAACCAAAAAUUGCAAAAAGAAAAUAUUCUCUUAUGCUAAGACCUAUACUGACUCCUUAUAUGCACAUAUGACAGUCUAACUGUUAUCGUUGUAGUAUGCGCAGUUUGAUCCUCAUAGACUGCUGUCAAAAAUAAUCCUCACUUUUAAAAUACAAUGCGGCGAGCAUACGUCUACGAUUGGUAAAUUCACUCCAGGUCUGUACAUGUUGGUUAAUACUGAAAUAAUUAAUAAAAACAUGCGAGCAAGUGCAAGGGCCUCGGCUGAUGGAAAGGUGCAUGAUAAGGCUUGAGGUAAGCACCCUCUUCAGAUUCCAUCCUACGCGCCUCCUUGAAAUGGGACCCUGAUGAAAAGACUUUCCCUUCUUCUUAUCAGCAUUGGAGGCUUUGAUGGUCUUACGGCCAUGUUCGUAACAAUGAAUCGAUCAGAUUAUCCGUUCCUGCAAAAGAGACUUUCGGCAAUCUUACUCACUCAGGGCUAUCUGCCAAGCAAAUCCUUACUCACUUUUUGUGUCAAAAGGCGGACUGAAUUAUGCUUCAAGUUUAGCUGUAUGAAACUCCCAAUGAUAAUGUAUUGCCCGAAUCACGUCUUCUUACAACAGAAGGCACGCCGAAUACUACCGUCGGGCCUUCUGCUCAGCAGAAUACCAAAAAGGCGAGCGAUCUGGUCUGGUCUUGAUCCAGCAUAAAUCUGAUUUGACGUCUAAUUUAAGUCAUCCAGUAGAACAAAAACGUCGUUUUGCUCAGGUGCAGUUGCGAAUAUAUCAUUCAUGCAUCGUCCUUAGUUUCCACUUUUCUCUCAAAUGCGGAAAUAGAAAACUGAGUAGAUAGCGCGACCUACAUUUUGCCCAAGUCGAAAUAACCAAAAUCCAGUUAACUGAAAAAAAAACAAUUUUGAAACUUACGCAGGUUUUUGCCAUUGUCCCUUCCGCCCAGUGUGAAAAAUCCUUUAUAUUCAGUCGCAACGGAUGAGCACUUUAAACUCUCUGUUAUAUGCCACUGGCCACGCUUCAUGUCAGAUUUCCUUUCGCCCGAUUUUAGAAUCAAAUAAUUUGGUUUUUAUUUGUAUUAAUCCUCUUUUGCCAUUUUAUAUGAAAAACUACGCUUGUCCAGUCAUUUUCUAAGCCCCUAACUCUCGCUCGUCAUCUAUUGAUGUGCAUUAGUUAGGACGCUAAACGAAUGACGUGCUUAAAUUUUCCCGGCCAUACGUCUGAGCUAGUUUCUACUUUGUUUUAAUACUGUCCUUUAUUCGUAAUUUAGUGUGUAGCAGGAUGUGUUACAUGUUGAAAAGAUGAACCACUAGGAUUGCGCUUUAUAAACCCUUAGCGAUGAGGGUUUUGCAGUAAAUGUAGCAUGAGUAGUUUUUAUUAAGUUCGAUAUAAACUUACAAGCCGGACGGCAUCGCACUUUUGUAUGCAUUAACAUAUUUUAAAUAGGCCGACACCGGCGUGUGAAGCUAUCCAAACUCACCCAUUCCCGAGUGGGAUGUUAAAUGUCAUGAUACGCGAAGACGCAAAAGAUUCAACGUAGAACAUGGGAAACAAUAGGCGUUGGCGGUCCACUAACGUGCAGUAUAUUGGCUAACUCAUGAAGUGUUCACUAAAAAUUCCAGAAUGCGUUUUUGAACCAAAAGGAUUACUUAAUUAGGGUUGUAAUAUUAAUCACCGUACAACCCAAUGCCGUAUUAAUUUAGUUUGUUCAAAAUGCCGGCUUUUGAACAAACUUCUUUUCGGCUGCUUGCAUAAAACAUACUGCAACAAAUGAUUACUGGCGCAGUGUGAAUUUUUCACACUGAUUUUCGAUAUCCCUUGCAAAUUGGAAUAUAUACCAUAGGAAACGAUUACCUUACUUAUUUAGUAAAAGAUUACUUCUUCCAAUUUUAUACUUAGAGUAAGGCUAUAAUUCGGUUUUGGAAAACUACUCCAAUUCCUGAAUAAUUGUGAACCCGACCUACCGUUACACUCGCAUUCGGAAUUUUCGAGCCACAAACUGUAUAUUUUUCGUGUAUGGAAAACCACACACUUCUAUACGAUAUUAAAAGAAGAACAUAUGGCGUUCGCAUAGUUAAGCGGUAGAUUUGAGCCACAUUUUAAACUUUACCAGAAGCAUUAGUAACUUCAUAGUAGCGAUGAUUUAUGAAAGAACAUUUCACGAUCUUAAAAAAUCUCACAACUUGACACUUUUUAAAACCAAACCAUAUCCUUACUUCAGGUACAAAUUGGAAUGAGACGUCAUAGUUUUACUAAAUGAGUAAAAUAAUAGAACGUUUUUGCAUGUUUUGUUUCAUAUAUUUUUGAAUUUAUAAGGAUAUCGAAAAUCAAAGAUAAAAAGUCAUAGUACCAUAAUAUUCAUUUUUCACAGGGUGUUGUUUUUCUAGGCAAUCGAGAAGAAGUUUAUUUAAAAGCUGGCAUCUUGGAUUAACCGAAUUAUUGUGGUAUUAUGCUGUACGGUGAUUAAUAUUACCACCCUACUUGAGCAGUCUUUUUUGUUCGAAAACGAAUUUUUUAAUUUCAGUUAACAUUUCAUGAGUUAGCACAUCUACUGUACGAUUAGGCCAACAAAUGCUUCUGUUGGUAGGCACCUCCGGUUGACCUCGAUAGCUAACCGAACUCAUGUUGUCCCCAGUUCCCUCCGGUUGUCGAUAAACAGACGUUUAAAUGGACAUUUCUGUCUAUCCUGUCUCCACAUGCACAUACCUUUAUCAGGGAAUUGAUAGACUUAGACCACGCUGUCUGCCAGUCAAGCCUGAUCUUUAGCAACUCCUGCUAACAGGGGCAAAGCCACACAUCACGUUAAGUAACACACGAUGCAUAAAGACUUAAUCAUCGCUGUGCGACUGCCUGUGGGGGUUCUAGAAUGAGCCCCAAGGCACAACGGGACGAGCAUGUUCCGUAACCUGAUCGGUGAGCGCCCAUUGUCAUAAUGAAUAUUCCGAUCACAACCGACAGGACAACGGGCCCGUGGUUCAAUGGUGGAGUGUCAAACUCCAUGUCCAAAGAUUCCGGUCUCGAAUCUCAAGUGAUCCACACUUGGGGUUGGGUAUGACUGGCUGAUGACGGCUAAUAAGCCGGAAAUCACCAUCCCGAUCUCCCUUGUCUUUGUCGGUACCAUUUCAUACAUAUUUGGAUAUUCAUUGAGAGGAGUACGGACGAAACAAAGGAGAUUAAAAUAUCCCUUUCAAACUUAUUCACUGUCAGCAGCCAACCACGCCUGAUCUCAGGUCCAUAAAUUCCGAGAUUCGGACUCAGAAUCUUUGAUCACUAUGUUGAGUGUUCUAAAACUGAGUCGACAACAGGACGCCGGGCCCAUUGUUCAGUGGCAAAGCAUUCAACUUACUGACCAAAUAUAGCAGAUUGAGAUCUCUGGCGCUUAGAGGUUGAACGUUACUUGCAGGUGACGAACAAUAAUUCAGAAAAGGAUAGCUCAGUCCGCAUUUUCUUUGUCGAUAUCCCCUUCAAUAAAUACCCAGGGCCGUUAUGAGACUAUCUUCUCGGGCACUAGAUUGAGCUUCAAGGCACUACAUGGGGAGUAUAUCUAAAAACCUGAUUAAUUUACGAAAUUCCGACUGGAAGAUGGAAGAUGGGCAUCCCAAUAAACAUAAUUCGAAGAACAAUGAGUCCCUUAGGAAAAUGAACAAACUUUAUUUCGUAACUUUUCGAGUCUGGUCCCCCAGCUCGUCUUCAGACGUGUAGUAAGUGUGAAGAAACAGUCAAAAUUUAAACAAUGCCGAAAAAAAUCUAUAAUGCUCUGUCAUGGCUGAGGAUGGGUUAAUGCUGUGGACUAAUGUCACGUCUUGAUUGGCUACUACCUUUUCUAUUUUUCCUUGAGAUUUAUGCACAUAACGUCAAGAUCGAUGCGUCGAUUAAUGCAUGAAUCAUCAGAGUGAAUGGCCUCUAGGUAUUCUCGGCCUUUCUUAUGCGGGCAGGAACCGACAAUGCGUGUUUUAUCCCAAGCGAAUUUGUCCCCAGUUUCAAGAGUAUGCAUGGUGACUUGGGAUAAGUGGUCUCGCCUCUACACUGCCAAUUGGUGUUCAUGUAGGCGUGUAGAGGCGGAUUUUCCGGUUUGACCACAAUACACUACAUUAAAAGUGCCACAUGGAAUCUUAUAGACUAAUUCUUUUUUAUCCAAAUAACCAACCCUAUCCUUAGAGUCUACGAGGUGAUUGCGUAGCGUAGUGGUCAGUUUGUGAGCCGCUUGUAUUUGGUGCUUCCUCAGGUGUCUUUCAACGAGCUGAGAUACAUGUUUUAUAUAGGAAGCGUUCGCCAGUGUUUUGGUUUUGGCGUCUGAUCGGAAAAAUCUAGUUCCUUUUCUCUUUCUUUUGAUUCCUGCUGUUGCAUGCAUCGGCGUACAAAAUCUCUAGGGUAGCCGUUUUGGAAAAAUAGGGUUAAACAGAUAAUUAAGUUCCUCUUUGUACUCUUCGUUCUCAGAGCAAUGUGUCUUUGCUCGAUAAAGUAGGGUGUUAAUAGCACUCCGUUUGUGAACCAUAGGGUGGUAGCCCUCGUAGUGUAGGAUAACUGCAGCAUACGUUUUUUUGCGGUAUACUGAUGUGUGGAAUGUCCCGUCAGUUUUUCGCUGUACGAGGACAUCAGGAAAUGGGAGUUUGCUGUUAACUUCUUUUUCGAGGUUGAAGGUAAUUCCCGGUAGUGUUGAAUUUAUAGCGUUAUGCAACGUUUCUAACUGAUCUCUAUUGACGAUGACAAAGGUAUCAUCUACGUAACGUACCCAUAAUUUUGGACUGAAUAAUUGUAAGGCCAUAGACCCUAAUUUUCGCAUUGUGAUUUCAGCCAAAAUGCCAGAAAUAGACGACCCCAUAGGAGCUCCUUUCAGCUGACCGAAACAGACAGGGUAACGGACUCGUGGCCCAGUGGUUAUAGGUGUGGACUUCUAACUAACAGGUCGCGAGUUCGAGCCUCGGGUGUUCCACACUUCUGGGUUGGGUAUGACUGGCUGACGACGGGUAAUAAGCCAGAAAUGGCCAUUCCAAUCUCCCUUGUCUUUGUCGGCAAUACCGUUCUGCCUUUGUCAUGCGCCGCAGUGCGACUGCUGGUUGGGGUUGCGAGAGAGCCCGUAAAGCACAAUGGAACGAGUGAGUUCCGUAAGAACGAUCGGUGAGCGUCCCCUCUACCAUUAUAUAUAUAUAUAUAUUGGAAACACACGGUUGACUGGUACGGCAACGCGUGUGCCUGUAUUUUUCGCGCUACAUUAAAUGCCUAUUUUCGUAAUCGGGCCUCACCUUUUGUCUAAAGGAGCAGGGAACUUAAUUAAUAGUGCAUAUAACUCUAUGACCAACACCAAUAACAAAAAAUCUUUGUCUUUAAUGUUUAAGACUUUGCGGCGUUCGUGCAGAAUGCAGGCGUGCCAAACAAUCACAUCGUUCAUGAAGCAGGAGCUUCGGUCAAGUUGACUUGGUUGGUCUCAACGUCGGAAAAUGUGACGUCAAAGGUCUACAUACAUUUAUUGCCCUAUAAUUUUGGUAAACAUGUUCCCUUACGACAUUCUCUCUUUUUUUAGCCAUCUAAUUGUAACUGACACAGUUCAAAGCAUUUCAUAAAUUUUACAUACGGCACCAAAUAACACAGUCACUAGUUUAUGCUAGAAGCAUCUUAACUACGUGUUUUCUAUUGCUUAACAAGGGCUAUUGCUGUUAUCCGACAGUUGUGCAACCUAAUCACCAUGUUAUAUAGUACCGGCGCGUGCUCAUGGUAGCCAAAGCGAUUUUCUCGCUGUCUUUAUGGCAGCGUCCUCUUAUUCCACAUAUGACAUAUAUAAGCGACACUCUGCUACUGUAUAUUCACGAUCACAACCGAUAAGACAACCAGCCCAUGACUCAGUGGUUAGGAGCGUUUGUCUUCUAACCAAUGGAUUGUUGAAUCAAGCCCAGGGUGUUCCACAUUUCGGUGUAUGACUGGCCGACAACGGCUAAUAAGUCAGAAACGGCCAUUCCAGGCUGCCUGGUCUUUGUUGGCAAUGCUAUGCCGCCUGUAUCACGCGUCGUUAUGUGGCGGCUGGUGGGGCUCGACAGAGAGAGAGCCCUAAGGCACAGGGGGACGAGUGAGUUCCGUAGCGCGAUGGCUGAGCCCCAUUCUAAUAGAGUACAGUUUACCUAACAAAGUCGACAACGUUAAUUGCGUUCCCCUGGUCUGGAUCCACCACCGGUUACUUGCGUGUGAAUGAGUUUAUAGUAAGGCCAAUUUCCGCAGCGUCCACCGUAUACCCCCUUUUCGUUAGCUCCUAAGGCGAGACAGUGUCAGGACUAUCGAAGGUUGGCUUAAGCACAGAGUCUGACGAAACUAAACGACCCAUCUUCGCGUGCCAGACCACACAGCGUGCACAAGGCUUUCUCGAGGAUCCUGCAUAUUUGAGAGUACAAUGAAGGCCCUCUUAAGAAGAGGUUGGGAGCGAAUAUGCGAAUCCCAGGUUCUUGUCGCAAAGAAGAAGAACGCACGAUCUCGGGACAGUAGGUGUACAAGUCUGAGCUUUCGAUUUCGUACAGGAGGCCGUCGACAGAGACUGUGAGAAUACGACAUCAAAUGAGCAGUUUUUGUUGUCAAGCCAUGAUGGCGGGGGUGGUAUUCGCGAUAAACUGUGUCUGACGCCGUCUCACGGCGGCGUGACGGCGUGCACCUUUGGCUGCAAAUUGGGUCUCGCCUCUUGGCCGCGGGAACGAAGCGCGUAAUAGCAGGGGGGUAUAUCAACGCGUCUGUUGAUUGAGUUGGUGUCAGACAUCCAGGCCUCCAACAGGUAUCGCCCUGUCUUAUUGCUGACCCGCGUUACUAUCCGAGUGCUCACGAAGUUGAAUUCGUGGCCCUCCUCCAGGGUGUGAGUGGCGAACCGAGACAACGGAUCGCCUCUCCGGACCACUCCUUUAUGAUCCGUUAUUCGUGAGCUAAGUCGUCGUCCAGUCUGUCCUCUGUAGUGGCGAGGGCAGUCCCGACAUGGGAUCUGAUAAAUGACACCCGAUUGUUCUCCGACGUCUAGUCCGUCCUUCACUCGCAUGGUUUUGUUGCGCAAAGUCGCUGCCGGACGGUGAGCGAUACCCACAGCGAGCUCUCCAACGACACGUUCCAUCGCUUCGGACACGUCCUUUAUAUGUGGUAGAGGGUGCCAGGGUGUUGACUACUCUUCUCCGUUUGUUCGCCCUGGGUGCGUGCGGAGGCAGCGGCUGACGAAGCUGUUUGGGUAUCCAUUCCUUACCAGUUGGUCCCGAAGAUGCCGUAGUUCUCGUACUCGUCCCUCUGGGUCACUGAAGUGCAUUUUUACCCUUUGGAAGAGUGCCCUAACACAGCUGCGUUUAUGCGCCAUUGGGUGGUUACUAUGGUAGUUGAGAAUCUGAGUCGCAUUAGUCGCCUUUCGGUACACCGUAGUGCUGAGUUCGCCGUUGGGUGUGCGUGCGACGAGGACGUCACGAAAGGGCAGCUGUUCGGCAUGCUCUUCUUCCCUUGUGAACUGAAUGCCCGGAAAGAUGCCGUUAAGCAGGUCUUGAAAGUCGGCCUGUCUGCUCCUCUCAAUUAUAACGAACGUGUCGUCCACGUACCGGCGCCAAAGUGCAAGUUUACAGUGGUCGAAGGCGACUUUUUCCAGCUCCUGCAAGAUUAGUUCUGCAACCAGGUUGGAUAUUGGCGAACCCACUGACGUUAUUUUUAUCUGCUUGUAUGUUCUGCCACUGAAGGUGAAAAAGGUUUGUUGGCAGAAAGCACAGAGUUGUACUAAGUGGUCAUUUUUGGGGGUCUGUGUAUUUGGUCGUAGUUCUCUUAGACCGAAAGCUCAGACUAAUAUAUCGACUGUCCCAGCGAUCGUGCGUCCAUCUUCCUUAUAAGAAUAGGUUGUUUUGGCCGCCUUCUAUGCCGGCGCAGCUCGAUAAACUAGUUGUAUAAGCCACUUCGAUCCCCACCUUGGUCCGGCUUAUUUGGAGCGCGGUCCAUUAUGGAGCUUAUAAGUAGCCUAUACAUCAGAUCGCACAGUCAGCGUUAGACUGUCUUUAAAUGAUAGCUAUAAAAACAAGUGAUUUUUUCUUGCAAACUGAGACUUCUUUGUCCCACAUUUUGCUCUUGGGGUAACUCGCACAGUGAGUGACCGAUCUCCUGAAAAGUUGGCUGAAAUUCUGGAAUGCGUUUUCAAUUAGGAAGGAUAAAUUACGCGCGGUUGUAAGACUGAUUAUCAUACAAUAUGGUCCUAUAAUAUUUCGGUCGUUUGAUAGGGAAUUACGUCAUCCUUACAUUUUACGCUCGAGGAAAUAGUAUAAUUAGGUUUUAAAAAAAAGUUUCUAAGACCGUGCAAUGUCCAUUCAUACAACAUUGAACCUCUCCGUUCACCACUGCUCCUCGUGAAAUGUAAAACAUAGUCCGCAUACAUUGCGAAAUUUUAUGGACACUAUAGAUUAUCUUUUUAAAGCCAUAGAAGAAUAUGUGAUUUUAUUUAUGCGGAAAGCAUGCACCGUGCAGACUGAAAUCACUAGGCGCUGAUUAGGCUCCAAAUUAUUUUGGAAUUGGACAACUUUUUUAAACCUAAUUAUCCUCUUUUUUGAGUAUCAAAUAUAAAGAUGACGUGAUUUUCUAUCAAACAACCGAAUUCAUAUUUUUGUUCGUGACUUCCGUAAAAUAUAUUUGAAUUUGUGAAACCAUCGAAAAUCAAUUUUAAAAGUGUACGCUACUUAAGUAGUCAUUUUUUACAUAGUUCUGUUUUUAGAGGAGAUUAAAGAGCAGCGCAUACAAAAGCUGAAAUCCUGCCGAGUCCAAAAUAUUAUAGGAUUAUGUUGCAAAAUAAUCCGUAUUGCAACCGUGCCCAAGUAACCCUUCCCAAUCGAAAACGCAUAUCAGAAUUUCAGCCAACAUUUCAUGAGAUCGGUCACUCAUUGUAUUCUUAAAAGUUGCUCCAUUAAUUGCAAAAGACUCGAGUAAUUUGGUCCGAUUAAGUUAGUCAAUUUUUAAAUUAUUGCCUUUUCAUAGUGUUGAUAUCACUUCGUACUGCUGUCGCUGUUGCAAAACGUUAUACUUCAGUUAUUGAAAUUGCAUAUUGUCAAGCGAUGUGUUUGCCAAUUGUAGCCGUUUGGUUGUAUUGAUCAACACAAAUCAAUCUGCUCUGGUAUGACGACGUCAGGAGAAUCUGGAAAAUGCAGUAUGUUUUAUGCUUUGUUGUUUUACAUUAUCUCAUACAAAAUGACAUAAAAAAGUACAAUAAUGGGUGCGUCGCUUGUUCUCCUGCAGAAACAAGCACGUAAGUAUUUCAGUGGCCCUCAAAGGCGGCCAAAACAAUUCUGAUAAAGAAGCAUGGACUAGGUCGCAGUUGGUAGUCAUAACCCGUAUUACAGGUGGCGGGGGGUUGUUUACUGGGGCUAUUUAAUGGGGCUCUAUAAUCACAUCUGAUCCAUUUGGCUUCCGUUUUACGUUUGAGGUUAGGAUUAGGGUAUCGGUUAGUGGUUUCCGAUUUUCGAGUUAGGGUUAUGCCUUUAGGCUUAGGUUUUUGGGUUACGGUUAGGGUUUGAGCGUACGAUUAGGUUUUAGUAUUACGGUUAGAUUUUCCAGUUACGGCUAUGUCUAAGGGCUACGGUUAAGUUUACGAUUUCGAUUAGGGUUAGGGCUGCCGUUAGGGUUAACGGUUAGCGUUUAAGAUUGAGGUUAGAGUUAAGGUUAGGAUCAGGGUUAAAGUCGCCGUCCGCUUCCCAUUCCUGGCUACAAACUGCAAUCUAGACGAAACAUGCAACGUUGGCAAAUCAACAGACACACUAGACACUUCUUCAGUCCUUCAGGCCCGAGAUCUCACUGUACAUGAAUUCAAGCGUCGAGUUUGAAGAUCCACAGACCGAGAUGGAUGUGGACUACAGCUGUUCCUAUGCACGGCGACGUCAGACUUCUUUGUUGAAAAGCUGACUUUUAGAACAAUGGCGGAGGCACUCCGACGCCGAAGUUCGGUUUGGUAGCCCAUUUGAAACGACCUCUACAGCUGAUUUACUAUUGCUUAUCUUUUCAAUAAUGGUUGAUGCAAAAUGUCUUACCGACCACAGCACACUUCGCAAACUCCGCAUAACUUAGUGGUCUAGUGUGACAAAAAAACAGGACAUAAAAUAUGGCGAUUUGAUUCUGUUUCACUUAAUUGUCGGGUUCUUAUGUCUCCAUGCCGUGUAGUCCUCAUUGUCCAAUCUCUUACAUGUGAAAAAGGGUAACAGUGACACGUAUACAGACAGUCGAAAAUUUUCCCAGACUGCAGGGUAAAGCUUAAAAAGUCAUAUUUGCAGUCAAUAAAACAUCGCGAAAAACAGCAAACACUCUCGUCACUGUUUUAAUUGCUCCUUUGUCUAAUUGUGAAUUUUGAGCGCAUUGAAGACAGAGUACGACAGAGAGUUAGAUUAGUCUUCAACUGCACGAAAUAUAAAUAGCGAAUUUGAAACAAUGUUAGUGCGGACCGACCACUGCUAAGUUGGUGAAGUCAGGAGUUAAAAAGGAGAGAGGUUAAUUACCCCCAGAUACGAGCAAAUGCUUGAUGCGAGAUUAAACUUGCUGCAAAGCCGUGACAUCCACGCUGACCGUAUAUGUGGAAAAGGAUGAUAGGUAGCUGGAAAAAAUUUCACAGAAUCUCUACUGUUGUGGAACUUACUUCAUGUGUUUGUUGUUAAUUCCAAAAACUGCUACAUACAGUAGGUGGUCUAACUCAUGAAAUGUCAACCAAAAUUCCGAAAUUAAUUUUCGUAAAGGAAAGAUUAAUUAAAUAGGAUUAUAAAACUGACCAUCGUGCAGCAUAAUUCUAUAAUAAUUCAGUUACCUCAGGAUGCCGACUUUCGGACAAAGUCCUUUCUGGCUGCAUGCAUGAUGCAUGUGAAAAAAAGACUAGAUCAGUAUCAUGCGUUGCUCUUGUUGAUUUUCGAUGUCCUUAAAAGUGAAACUAUAUUUCAUGGAAAACAAGCAUAAAAAAUACCCUUUCUCCUGCUCAUUCGGUAGAAAAUAACGUCUUCUCCCAAGUCUAUACUCGAAGGAAGGGCACAUUUCGGUUUUGAAAAGCCCUUCCAAUUCCCGAAUAAUUUUGAACCUCGACCUGCCGUUACACAUGAAUUCAGGGUCUCCAAACUACAAGCCGUAUAUUUUCCACGUACGGAAAACCAUACAUUUCUUUACAGUAGUAAGAAGAGACCAUAUGAGGUUCGUAAAAUUUAGCAGUGGAUUUGAGCGAUAUUGUUGACCUUACAAGCCACAUUAAUGAAUGCAGACAUGGCGUUUUGUAAAGGCCAUUUGACGGUAUUGAAAAAUCGCACAAUUAGAAACUUUUCCAAAACCGAAUUAUACCGAAUUGAAAGAAGACGUAAGUUUCUGUCGAAUGAGUAAGAGAAUGAAUAUUUUUAUGCAUUUUUUCCAUGAAAUAUAGUUUCACUUUUAAGGACAUCGAAAAUCAACAAGAAGAACGCAUGAUACUGAAGUAGUCAUAUUUUCACAAAGCAUAGUUUCUGCAUGCAGCCGGAACGAAGUUCAUUCGAACUGCGGCAUCAUGAGAAAUUUGAAUUACUAUAGAAUUGUGCUGCACAAUGAUCAGCUUCACAACCCUAUUAAUUAAUCUUUCCGUAACGAAAACUCAUUUCGGAAUUUUGGCUGGCAUUUCAUAAGUUAGCCUACCUAUUGUAAAUGGCUAACAGUUGAGUGCUUGUGAUACGACUAGGGCUUAGGAGAGGCCCGUUGGAGGUGCUGAAAUGUGUGUCUACGCACUCAUGCUUAAAAUGACAGCACUUUAAACAUUUAAAUGGCACGGACACUUCACUGGUGUUAGUUCCUUUCAAUGGCAGUUUCCACUGCUGCUGCUACUUCGGGCUGUCAAGUAGUCUGUAACUGAUUAGUUCCUUUUUUGCUUUCAUCAGUCUCAUCAAUUUAAAACUUUUAUCUAUGCUUCCCAACAGACAUUCAACAGGACUUGAAGGGUUUUGAAUUUUCCAUCAUUCAGUCGGCCUCCGACGACUUUCCAACGGCAAUUUACUGUUACAUAGGCAAGAAGGUUCAAGCCAAGACCAUCACUGUGUUAGGUAAGUGUACUGCAGUGUCGAAUACUGCUGCCUAGAGGUACGAUGCUACAUGAGAGGUAAUUUUGGGGAAUUUUGGAGCAGCUCAUUGUCAGGGUAAGAACUGAAAAAAUAAAUGAGUUAGUGAUCUUUUGUGGAGGUGCCAGUGAAGGGCGGUAAGAUUCCCACCGUCGAACGCAACUAUUGCCCUCAUCAGACAGGUGAGAACAGUCGUGACCUGCAGCCGAAUUGGAUCAGACUGGCGGUAGGAAACUUACGCAGCAGUGGCCUCUUUCGCUCUUGUCUGAUACCCACUCAGGUUCAAAUACCAGACUGCUGGAGUGGACUUUGACUGAUCUGAAAUGUAGCCUCACGACUCAUCAGACUUUGACGAGCACAAUGCUACUCUGGUUAGCCGUCGUUCUGUUUCGAUUACCCACCUACAAGGUGAAUCUUCCGUUGGGGAUUGGCAGCUGCCUCGUGAAAUCGGUUGGGUUCUGAACUCCAGGCUGGGUAGGUAUGAGCAAUCACAGCUUACAGGCGACGGUUGAUACUAAUGCCGCAGUGGCUUAAGUCACUGGCAGACACUAGCCCCUACGAUCUUCCGAUCCGUCUCCGGAUAGAAAGAGGAGAAGUUGGGCGGCAGUAGGGAGAGAGAGAGAGAGUAUUGCAUUCUAUGGAGAACAGGUUAUAGACGAUUGGCAGUCAGAUGAGGGCACGGUUUCGGUGUCGCAGAGCAUGCGUUAGAGCGAGCGCCUAGGGCGAGAGCAUUUCGGAGUCAACCUUGAAGUUUAUUGGCUGACAACCAGAAUACCGGUGUUGUGCGCGUGCAAGUACGUGCGCAAGGCGCAAUGUUGCAGCAGGUUCGCUGUAUGAACACUACUCGCUUAAUGUCCACGUCUUCCCCCCUCCGUCCGUCCGUCCGCUCAGCCGCUCAUAACUUCCCCAAAAAGGCGAACAGUGUCACAAGGCAGACUUACACUGUCGGCCUCUCUUAUUUCGAAGGUAUCUGACGGGGUUAGGGUUACUAUCGUGAACUGCCUACUAUAUUUAUCUGCGUAGGCGGUAUUCGACAGAGUUUCUGGUCGAAAUCAAGUCACGCCCUACGACGGCUCUAACCGCGAUAGGAUGACGUUCAUUGAACUAAACCGCCCCGAGGACGCAGUGCUGUAAAAAAGUCUACAUUAACUCAUUGUUCUGCACCUUCUACGCGUAAUUCCUUAAUCGAAGGCAAAACAUUUGUCCUCAAGUGAGGAGAUGCAAGAGGCACAUUCCCGCCGCCCACAUCGCCGUCAUAUCCGGGUACCCGACGGAGAACAUUAGGACGGAAUCUACUCCUUUACGUACAUAAUAUGGGAGAGGAAGAUUUUCAAUGUCUCCUUUAGACCCCUGAUUUUCAGCCUAAGCCAAAGGCGAUACUGUGUCUCGUCUGUCCAUAUGGACCCAUACAGUUCUGACUGACACGAGACCUCCUUCAAACAGUUUCCUUUUAAGGCUGCUCCAGUACGCUUCUAUGAGGCCACGCAUGUUUAACUUCUAUAAUCACAACCCUCGUAAAAAACGCUUCAUGUAUUAUCUCCUUCUGUCCCUGGUCAUGUACUUUAUGCAUGCCUUUCAAAGUAUCUCUUAAGUUGCCGCUGUGUCGCCUGUCAUGAUGUAAAGUUAGCCGGCAUCUUGUGGAUGUUUUUUCCAACUGCGGGUAUGCAGGCUCCUCAUAGUCGUAAACUUAGGACGUGUUGAUUGAAAAUGGAAUACAGAUUUUGUCUUUCGCACUAUUGUGCAUUUACUUAAAUCAGGUUCCAGCAAAGUGGUAGUGAUUAUGAGGACUGUAGGCUCUAAGGGAGUUAGCAACUCGUCCUUGCGUGACUAGAAGACAUGUUUUCAACCUGAAAGCAUCGAUGCUGUGUGAGUAAGGGUGGAGGCAAAGGGUGGUUUUUAAGAAAAAAGCUUUUUGUUUCUGUAUAAAAAAAUGCUUUGGGCAGACACCAGCGACACCAAAUACCGGAAAGUUAUCUCGCCCGAAACAAAAUCAAUGGAUUAUCGGGUUCUGUAAUGUGCAGUUGGGAACCGCGAAUAACUUCAAAAACGGUUAUUCAGUGUCGUCCAAUUGGCACUGCACAAAAGAGGCAGAAUUGUGAAGUGGUAAACAUGUAAAAAUGAAGCAGCAACCCCACAUUAUAUCUUGUUGUUGUCCUCAAGCCCUUUCGGCUGGAUCUGCAAUCGAAGUCGGGUUUGGGUCCCUUUUAAAAUGCGGGCGUCGAGCAGUAUAAACAGUGAUAUGAUGAUCUACUAUCUCUCGGCGUCAAAUGUCCCCAGUUUAGUCAGGAGAGAUAAAUAGAUUACCGAUCGGACCAGUUUUGCAGAUGAAGCUUACUCAGAUCCUUUCAGCCUUCAGUCUGCACGCGAACCCGCUGGCCAAAACCUAAAGCAAAUUCGCCCCCCCCCCACAAUCUGACACGAAAACUUCGUUUGACAAUGUGAUGACUGAUCACACCUAAUCUUCGGUUAAUGGUAGAUUCAGCAAUCAAUUUCUAGGAUAGUCAGGCUUUGCGAUUUCUCGAGCUCGCUAAGCCUGUCCCAAGAAAUGACUCUUUUUACCCGUUAAUGUGACGGGAAAGAUCUGCGGCAGCUCUCGUUAAGACAGAAAAGACUUCCUAUUGCUAGUUCAGACGGAUCGUCAACUUACCGGGUCGUUCCGACUGCAUCGGCCUUGUAGCCAGGUAUAUUUAAAAACUACAUUAUAUAUACUAGGAUAGCAUGAUAAUGCAACGGCUUCCUAAUUGUCGCCAGGUCUUGCGCGAGCAGGGGUCCGGCCAUUUCAAGCAACGACCUCCCCACUGCCCUGAAGGCGCAUUGAUGAUUUGCGAGUGAAAUGGUUUAUAGUGAAAUAAACUUGCUCAGCAUGCGCCAUAAUUUUUGUCUCAUACAGUGCGUGACCUAUCUCAUGAAAUGUUGGCCGAAAUUCUGAAAUGCGUUUUCGAUUAGGAAGGAUUAUUUGGUCGCGGUUGUGAUAUUGAUUAUCUUAAGGCAAACUCUUAUAACAUUUCGGACUCGGCAGGAUGUCGGCUUUUAAAUGCACUUCUUUUCAAUCUCCUGUAAAAAGCGCACUCUGUAAAAAAUGACUACUUAAGUAGCAUGCAUUUUUCCCAUUUAUUUUCGAUGGUCUUGGAAAGUCAAAUAUAUUUUAUAGAAACCAUAAACAAAAAUAUGCUUUCUUUUGGUCAGUCAAUAGAGAAUCACGUCUUCUUUAUAUUUUACACUUAACGAAGGAGUAUAAUGAGGUUUUAAAAAAGUUUUCUAAUUACCGAAUAAUUUGGAGCCUGAUCAUUCGUUGCAUUAGCGCUUAUUGAUUACACUCUACAAGGUGCAUACGUUUCGCGUAAAGAAAAUCCCAUAUUUUUCUAUGUCACUAAAGAGAUAUCAUACAGGAUCCAUAAAAGUUUGCAAUGGAUGCGGACCAUGUUGUACAUUUCAUGAGGAGCAGUGGUAAACGGCCAGGUACGAUGCUAUGUGAAUGGGCAUAUCGCGGCCCUAAAAAGUCUCAUAAUUAGAAACUUUUUUAAAACCUAAUUAUACUCCUUUCUUAAGUGUAAAAUAUAAAGAAGACGCAAUUCUCUAUUGAUUGACUAAAAGAAAGCAUAUUUUUGUUUGUGGUUUCUAUAAGAUAUAUUCGAAUAUUCAAAACCAUCGAAAAUCAAUGAGAAAAAUGCAUGCUACUUAAGUAGUCAUUUUUUACCGAGCACGCUUUCUACAGGAGAUUGAAAAGAAGUGCAUUUUAAAGCCGCCAUCCGGCCGAGUCUAAAAUGUUAUCAGAGUAUGCCUUAUGAUAAUCAGUAUCACAACCGCGACCAAAUAAUCCUUCCUAAUCGAAAACGCAUUUCAGAAUUUCAGCCAACAAUUCGUGAGAUAGGUCACGCACUGUACCUACAAUAUUCCCAAGUUAAGACAAUAAAAGAUGAGCGUGGCCCAAAUAGAGACUGUAUAAAGUACCUACAGCAUUCAGUAGUGAGUUCAAGCUAGUCAGUACCCUUUAGCCUUCAGCCGUGACUUCCAUUUAAGGAUACUGCACCUAGUAAAGCUGUUACCCUCCCCCCCCCUUGUAGAACCUAACUAUGAUGACAAGCGCCUGAGUACUUUCAUCUGGCACCGACUCAACGGUCGACAAGUUAAUCUUAACGACAAAGGCACACACUUUCUGCGGCUUGAUGGACUGAAACCGGAAGACGUUGUCUGCCGCAGAGUGAUUUGGGGUAGACAUAAGAUCUGUGAAAUCAAGCCUGGAAGUUUCGAAAUUCACUGGAUUGUGAAGGUAAGGUGUGCUUAACUUCUGCUAUAACAGCAACCGAUGUACAUCCAUCUCACCCUUUCCUUAUUUGCACAUGGGCAUUUUAAAUUGUCAGAAUCUGGAUGUAGUAUGCCCUUCCUGCCGGAACGCGGCCCCAAGAAUCUUCUAGAUAAACACUACCUACUCCCAGCUUAGUGCAAGAAAACGUACUGACAGAAAACAAAACAGAAGACACCUGGGUUGGGGCAAAGCUCACACCCAUUAGAUGAAGACCACCGCUGAUGGCACUGGUGGUUUGGAAAAAUCCAGACUCGGUUGCUGGAACAUGCAGUGGGCGUAUUAUCUUAGGAAAUGUUAUCUGAAAUUUUGAAAUGCGUUUUAGAUUUGAAAAUACCACUAAAAUUUGGUUGAUUCGAUUUUCCUCCAAGCGAGCUGCCUAUGGGUUUUAUGUGGUACGUGUCCUAUGACACAGCGUUCGUUGUCGCCGGUAGCAACCUGGCGGGCGGUCAGAAUGGGAUCGAGUGAGAUCCUAACCACAACAAUGAGGGUCAAACGCCCACUUGACAUGCUUAUGUACCUCACUUCGUAAGGCCUAUAACGUACUGAUGAUCGGUAACGACCCUGAAACAGCUGUCUGCGUCUGGCCUGUUGUACGUCUAGCGGGCUGUCUAUGUAAUAUAUACAUACAGAUAUUAUGACAGAUGAGCGCUCACCGAUCAGGUUACAGAACAUACUCGUUCUCUUGUGCCUUUGGGGCUCAUACUUAAACCCUGGCAGGCAGUCGCACAGCGACUAUUGAUAUAGGUAGAUAAGGCGAUACCGACAAAGACAAGGCAGACGGAACGAGUAUGUUCUGUAACCUGAUCGGUGAGCGCCCAUCUGUCAUAAUUGAUAUUCCCGAUCACAACCGACAGGACAACGGACCCGUGGCUCAAUGGUAGAGCGUUCAACUCCAUGACCAAAGAUCCCGGGUUCGAAUCUCAAGUGAUCCACACUUGGGGUUGGGUAUGACUGGCUGAUGACGGCUAAUAAGCCAGAAAUGGCCAUUCCGGUCUCCCUUGUCUUUGUCGGUAUCAUCUUCUCAACAUAUAUCACUAGUCGCUGUGCGACUGCCUGCGAGGGUUUAAGUAUGAGCCCCAAGGCACAACGGAACGAGCAUGUUCCGUAACCUGAUCGGUGAGCGCCCACUAUCAUAAUAUAUAUAUAUAUGGCACACGCCACUGAGCAUGACCACCGCUUCAAUUGGGACGGCACUGAAGUGAUCGCAAAGGCUAACACCAGACAGGCACGAGAAUUUCUCGAAACUUGGCACUCUGGCACGACCAGCAUCCACCGCCACGUCGAUCUAGACGCUCAUUAUGAGGGCCUACCUACACGCUCACUAUCUUGUUCCCACACCUCAACAUUUGCUAACCCCCACUCGGCCACAUAGACGUAUGCUCUUUCGCCAUUUCGCUCCCCCCUUGCGACACGGUGAACAACAACCGAAACCCCCCUAACACCUCCAACGCCGGCGCAUUGGCCCCUGACCUCAUCCCGCAUCAGUGACUAGCCGUCCGCAUCAGUGGCCAGCCGCCCGCAUUCCCGCUGAUUCGCAAUCCCCAUCCCCCCGCGUUUUCACCGCCUCCAACACUGGGAGCCCUAACGGUUCCUCCCUCCCUCCCCCUGCCCCACGGCCUACCAUAACUAGGUGCCCACCCCUCUCACACAUCUGCUGUUUGUUUGUCGUUGUCUGUCCUGUCGCGCCAGCCGACCUAGUCUGCCGACUUCACUUUCCCUCUGUUCAUUUCGUCUGACGACGGGUCGGUGUCACCGACUUGAAAAUUUACGAGUACAACUCAAUUUUCCGAAGAGCCUUCACUUUCUCAUUAUAUCAUCUCGGAAUGCACACCACAUCAGUUAUUCAUAUAUAUAUAUAUAUAUAUAUAUAUAUAUAUAUAUAUAUAUAUGAAUAAUGGAGGUAGUAUGCAUUCCGAGGCGAUAUAAUAAAAGGAGAAGGCUCGUCGGAAAAUCGAGGUAUACUCGUGAAUUUUCAAGUCGGUUACACCAACCCGUCGUCAGAGGAAAAUGAAAAGUGUGAGGGAGAUAAUCCUACUGGGGAGUCAGGGGGACAUCGAGGUUACAUCGACAAGACAGGCGUUUAUGUGGGGGGGUGAAGAACGUGGUUGGAUAGGUGGCGGACGUUAGGGGUGGUGUUGGGGGUUUCACACAUGGUUCACUCUGUGGGGGAGGUGCUGAAUCCAUGAUAUUCUACAUGGCCGAACAUGGAUUAGCAGUUGGUGGCUUAGGGUGGGCGCAAGCCGGCGAACCGUGAACGUAAGCCUUCGUAUUGAGCGUCUAAGUCGACAUGGCGGUUGAUGCUAUUGCUAUUAGAGUGCCAAGCUUCCAGAAACUCUCGCGUUUGUUUGGUGUUGGCACUAGCGAUCACUUCGGUCCCCUCCCACAUAUGAAUAUAGGCGAAAAUGCCGACCCCAGGUGUUGAGAUGGAAGAAGGUAAACAGAUCUCUGGGGAGGAUGAUUUAUUCAUCUGACGUUUCACGCUCACACUUGAGCGCAUCAUCGGAGAUAGAUUAAAAGUGGGAACACAAGGUUUAAAUAGGUCUUUCUUACUCACUACUGAUAGAUCCAUUGUUCUCUCUUUCCAUUGGUCCUCCCAUCCUGCUCAAGUGGUGCCUGACGGCCUCAUAUGGCGCCGGUAGGUCGAUUCUACGGUUGAUCGAGUUGGCGCUGGAUUGCCAGGCUUCGAUUAUCUCUCUCGCCAUUUUGCUUUCGACUCGGCCGAUUACUUCUGCCGUGUCGAAGCCGAAUUGAUGGUCAUUUUCGAGGCUAUGCAUAGCAACAUGCGAUCGUACAUCUUUUCGCUUUACAGCUAGAGAAUGCUCAUGCAUGCGCGACCUUAAUCGUUUGUCGGUCAUGCCACAAUAAUUGGCCGGACAGUCUAGACAGUUGACGCGGUAAACAAUUCCUGACGUGUCCUCAGGUGGCAGCCGCCCCUUGGGCUGCAUGAGCAAGCGGCGGAUAGUGACCUCCGGCCGGUGUCCAAGGCCCACGUUGAGUGGUCUGAGCAUGCGUUCAGUGGCUUCGGAAACGUCACUCACGUAGGGCAAAGCACGGAAGAAUUCAGGUUUUUGUUUUUGCUCACCGUCGUUCUUCGUGUGCGUUUGAUACAGGCAUUUGUUUAUGACGCUACAUGGGUACCCAUUGGAGAGAAAGAGACGCCAUAGGGAUUUACGCUCUCGCAGCUUUUCAGCCUCUGUGCUGCAGUGUGUGUUGAUGCGUAGGAAAAGCGUCCGCACGCAGCUGCGUUUAUGUGACAAGGGGUGGUUACUGCUGUAAUGGAGGAUUUUCGCCGUAUCGGUCGCCUUUCGAAAGACACCAGUUUGGAGGGCUCCGUCUUCCUGUCUCGACACCUGGACAUCAAGGAAGGGGAUUUCUCCGUCUUUUUCUUCCUCCAUUGUGAAUUGAAUUUGGGGGAAAAUUGAGUUCAAUUUGCUUCUGAACGUCUCUUUCAUGUCUCGAGGUAGGAUGACAAAGGUGUCAUCCACAUAGCACAUCCAGAAUUUUGGCAUGUAGGACUGAAAGACCCGUGUUUCCAGUUCUUGUAGAACCGCCUCAGCUAGGUAGCCGGAGAUUGGUGAUCCCAUCGGUGUUCCCUGGAUUUGCUCGUACACCUGGCCAUUAAACGUAAAGUACGUGCUCAAACAGUAGUCCAGUAGCUCCAUUAUGUGCUUCCUUUUCAGAGGUCUUUCCUCUUCAUCGUACCUCCUCUCCAGUAGGUCACUUAUGACCCCCGUGGCUAAUUCUUUAGGGAUGGAGGUGAAAAGAGAGACGACGUCAAAGGACACCAUUAUUUCGUCGGGGGUUAUUUUGACGCCUCGGAGUCUUUCCAGGAAGUGUGUUGGGGAUACAGCUGUGUGUUCUGAGCCCUUCGUCAGCUUCUUCAGAUGGUUGCUAAGCCAUUUAGCCAGACCGUAGGUAGGUGUACCCUUCAGCGCCACAAUUGGCCCUAAGGGAACGUUUGGUUUGUGGAUCUUUGGCAGACCAUAGAAGCGUGCUAUGGCAGCAUCUUGUGGUUUCAUCUGUCGCCAAUCGGUCUCAGAUAUUGCCUGUUGGUUCCUCAUUCGACUCAGACUCUUGUUGAUUUUUGUCACCAGUGUUUUCAUGGGGUCGGAGUCAAUGACCUUGUAUGACUGGUUAUCGUUGAGUAGGUCCUGAGCUUUCGCUACGUACACUGACUUGUCCAGGAUCACGGUCGCCCGUUCUUUGUCUGCUGGGACAAUCACAAUGUAUUCGUCCCUUUUUAAUUCUUUAAUGGCAUUUACCUCGGCUGAGGAGAUGGUUCGGUGUGGCUUGUGGGAUAUGAUGAGUGAUGCGACUCGUUGGCGAAUCGAGUUCUUGGUGUCCUCUGUGGCCUUCGCCUUUGAGAGUGUCGCUUCAAAAGCAGCGAUAAAAUCCACUGGGUGUGCGUCCCUUGUGUUGUAGCCUGAUUCGUGCACUUUAAUCUGGUCGUCUGUCAGCUGUUUGGAUGACAGGUUGUGGACGGAGGAUGGCUCAGGUAUUACGGCUUGUGCUUCCUUUAGACUACUCAUUUUGUUCAGGAGUUGGGCCCUCUUCUUCUCUCGCUCGCGGUUCACCCUACUCGAGAUCCAGCUCUGCAGGUUUCUUAAGGGUUCCAUCUCGAGGUAUGAUGCACAUUCUGUCUUUUCCCUUUCGAUUUCCCUGCUGUACUUUCCCAGGCGAAUGUGACACUCGUUGAUGAGAGUUCUUAGUAGGCGUCGGCUGCAGCUCCUGGCUACCGCUCGACCGAAGUCAGUCCUAGCUGGUGGUCUUACAGAAACACUCCUUGGCAUAAUGUCGGACCUCAAACAGUUGUGUAGGAAAGCCAAUUGUUCAUACGUAGAUCCCUGUCUACAGGAAUAUAUUUCCCAGCGCCGUGCUCGGCGAAGCGCUUCGCGCCCGGAAUUAUGAUGGAUAUAGGCGAAAAUGCCGACCCCAGGUGUUGAGAUGGAAGAAGGUAAAGAGAUCUCUGGGGAGGAUGAUUUAUUCAUCUGUCGUUUCACACUCAUAGGUAAAUCACUUUGCAUCAUUUAAAAGCAGCAUUGUCGGGAAUAACGUCUAUCGCUUAUCUUCAUCUAAACAGUCUUUGCUGUUAUUAUUACCGUUUUCUUUGAUUUACGGUCACACUAUGUUUUCUUAUUGUAAAUAAUACAUCUGUUAAUCUUUAGGGACCGCUUUGCAUUUUGAACCCUGCAGAAUUUCAGAAUUCGUUUCUCGGAAGCAUUCCCUUAUCCCUCAUGAGCUUCAAAAGUUUCGACAAACAUUGAACUUUUUUGGCCAUAAUCGCAGACACUAAUUAGCAGGUAGUUAAUCGCUCUAAAUCGAAUUCCGUUUUCAGGUUGGAAGUCAGAGGACUGACCGCCAAACUUGGAGUCUUACAGCUGGUCGAUUUUUGGGAGGGAUGCAACCGCGUUCAGAGGCAAUAAAAUAUUAUUGCAUUUAUAAGAACUGCGGUUUAUUGCACCCGGCGAUGUCAUGCCAAACAAGUGGGGGCCCAUAUCUCAGAAACUAAUAGGCUUGCUGGUAAAUCAUGGUUGUUCGCAAGUGAAUAUGAAUUGAAGAGGUAAAUGAGUAGAAACUUCUUCAUGUCGCAAAUGAGGCAAGGAUGCAUUCAGUCCAUUGCACACAUGGCUCAGAUGAAGCCAGGGAAAUAGUUUAGUUGCGAGAAGGCAACUGCAUUUUUUGGUGUUUGCAACUCUAAAUCCAGUUCGCCGCCAUAGCAUGCAAAUAACUGACCAUUUUUUCCAACUUGUAUCCCGACCGCUAUUUGACUCAUCGUCAGACAUGAACAUGUGUACAGGUAUCGCUCACCAACCCCCCACCACAGUCUGCAGCCGAAUCUUUCAGAUCAGAGGUCAAGCGGACCGCAGAGAACCGUCGGGACAACAGCUUUAUUCGCCUGACGUUUUGGAUUCCUGCUCGAACCCAUCAUCAGAGGCAAAAGCAGAUACGGGUGGUUCAUGCACAAGGAUGCAGUCGCCACGCUACCGCAGCUCCCCCCCCCCCCUUCACCAGGGAUCGUUGCACUUGGUGUGAUGACUGUCUGAUGGUCGAUAUUCGCGUCGCUAAUUGCUGCAAUUUCAUCACGUGCGUUGGAUGUUGGCGUGAUGUUUGCUCGACAAUCUGACCCACCGACCCUGGUGUUGGGAGCAGUGAUCACUUGUGCGCCCCCCGCGUGGAGCGAAUAUCGGCCAUCAAACAGUCAUCACACCAAGUGCAGCGAUCCCUGAUGAAAGGGGGGGCCGCGGUAGCAUGGCGACUGCAUCAUAUAAAUACUGCAGCCCCUUGUGCGUGCACCACCGAAUCUGCUUUUGUCUCUGAUGAUGGGUUCGAGCAGGAAUCCGAAACGUCAAGCUAACAAAGCUCUUGUCCCAGCGUUUGUGUCUCCUUCUUCAUGACUGCUUUCUGUGACUCGUUUCUUCGCUUAUAUUGGUUCCAUCAGGGUUGUAUUUGGAUAUUAAUGUUUAGUAAAGGCGCUAAGUCGAAGUGGAUAAAGACAGUCCGGUCAACAGAGACAUGCUUUUAUUAGUCCAAGCUUCAGAAGUAAUAGAUGUUCUGGAUGGUUCAAGCAAGUAGACACCUGUAGUCAGUGUGGGGCGCUUUGGUGGGGUUACUUAUUGGCUUAUUUCAAGUAAAUGUCUAUAGGAACAGUCUUCCAUGCAGCACUUACAGAAGAUGGGCUAACUCAGGAAAUGCGGUUCCGUGUAGAAAAGAUUAAUUAAGUAGGAUUGUGAAAUUAAUCAUCCUGCCGCAUAAGACAAAAAUAAUUCAGUUAAAUCAGGCUGCCUGCUUUAGAACGAAUUUUUUUUGGGCUGCAUGCAAAAACUAUACUAUAGAAAUGACUACUUAUUUAGCAUGCAUUUUUCUCAUGCUUUUCGAUGCCCUUAAAAAUUCAAUCAUAUUUUAUAAAAAACAUGCAUGCAUGCAUGUCUUUGUCGGUAAUAUCAUUCUGCAUAACAUUUAUUAUUUUGCUCAUUCGGUAGAAACUGGCGUCUUCUUCCAAUUUUUUACCCGAAGGAAGGCUAUACUUCGGUUUUGAAAAAGUUUCAAAUUGUGAGAUUUUUCAAUACGGUGAAAACGACAUGUCUCUGCAUUUACCAAUGUGGCUUGCAAAGUUAACAAUAUGGCCCAAAUCCACUGCCAAAUUUUAUGAACCCCAUAUGGUCUCCUCUUAAUACCGUAGAGAAAGGUAUGGUUUUCCGAACGCGGAAAAUACAUGGCUUGUAGGUUGAAAACCCUAGGUGCAUGAGUAACGACAGUUUGGGUUCAAAAUUAUUUGGAAGUCGGAAAAGUUUUUGAAAACCGAAUUAUUCCCUUCCUUCGAGUAUAAAAUUGGAAGAGGACGCCAUUUUCUACCGAAUGAGUAAGGGAAUGAAUAUGUUUAUACUUUUUUUCCAUAAAAUAUAAUUUGAUUCUCAAGGGCAUUGAAAAUCAAUGACAAAAAAUGUACGCUAUUGAUGCUGCAAUUUUUUACAGAGUAUAGUUUUUUAUGGAGCCGGAACGGAGUUCAUUCGAAAGUUGGCAUCCUGAGGUAACUGAAUUACUAUAGAAUUAUGCUGCACGAUGAUUAGUUUUGCAACCUUACAUAUUUGAUUUUUUCGAAACGAAAACACAGUUCGGAAUUCCGGUUGACAUUUCAUGAGUUACGCCGCCUACUGCAGCGUUAGGUGUUUGUCUUGCCGUCACAAAACACAGCUAAAAUAAUCAUCUAGAGGCAGAGACGUGCAGCUACUCAUCUUACCCCUUUUCUUACAUCAGAUGAAACUCUGUAUGCACACACCACUGGGCUUUGAGUCGGAAGAAGCCUUUUCAGAAAGCUAAUGUUGCCUAUUAACUUAUUUUAGACGAAAACCUACCCAGAGGUCAUCAAGACGCUGCGGACCGAGGAACCUGUGAGCAUUGAGGGAAUCCUAACCUACUGCUCGGACAGUGACAUAGUAUUCCCAAUUCAUGAGCCCUUGAAUGACCUUCAUCAGACCUUUUCUCUGCACCACCGGGGCCAGCUUGUCCGUCCUGAGGCGAUGACAAGACGCUUUUUGGAAGAAGCCCUCCCAUCUGACUGCAGUUCAGAUGCAGCAGUUACGUAUGCUUGA